UAAUUAUAUUUGAUCAAUUUAGUUCAAGGCAGUACAUCCUAUUUUAUUAUUUUUUAAAGGACAAAAAGUAAUUAUAUUUUACCAAGGCAGUACGUCCUCUUUUAUCAUUCUUUAAUUUGUAAACAUUAAGUACAUAUUUUGGGAAUACUGACAAAUGCUAAAAAAAAUUAGGCUGUGGUUUAUCCAAAUCUUACUCCGUGACCCAAACCUAACUUGUGCAACAUAAUUUUAAUAAUAUAACGUUUCAACCAAUCAGCUCAUCGGAAUCAACUGGCUCUCGUCGAUUUGAUUACUUUGGUCUGGUACAAACUAGUCGCUCCAAAGCCGCAUCGAUUAACCGCUCUUCUGUUUAUCACUAAAUAACCAUCAAACGCGAACUAACUGCAGACUUUUUUUUUUUUCUAUGCCCGGCCACAUUUUCGGUACGUAUGUCUUCGCCGCGUGUCCGCCUUUGACAACAUCCGCCUUCCCAUGUUUAUUUACAUGGCAACAUAUGGUUAGUUAGGGCAACUUUUUCGACGGCCAUGGAGCCGCUGUUUGAACACAGUGUGUAUUUUCCCGCCGCGGGGGAGCUGGUGGACCCGGCGGAAUGCGACACUCUUCGGCAGAGAACACACUUUUACCUCGGGGAGACGGUCCAUUUUCUUGUGGUUCUGCGUAAAGGUAGUUUGUUAAGGGCAAAGCAAAUGGGCGACUUGUUCGCUGUGGCGACCGUUGGCGCCCUUCUCGACGACAGUCUGAUCGACCCAAAUAACAACGCAGAAGAAGAAACAGAAGCGAAGGAGGACCAACCAGGUGACAUUUUGCUUGAGCACCACAGAAGAAGAAGCAUCGGUGCCACCCACAAAUUCGUAGAGUGCCGCCCGCUUCUCAACCACAACAAUGCACGUCAUAGGAUGGAACCGGUCAAGUCAAUUUCAUUGUCAGAAGAACAGAUUUCCUUCAGUCUUAAGGUUACUUUGGACAAGCUCCCCGUUGACACACUCCAAGCCAAGAUUGUGGUGAGCGUGUGGGAGCAGGAUGAAGACCAGAUGGAAGUAAAGGAACAUGGCUACCUCGGAGUCUUGCGGCUCUGCUCGCCUGCACGCACUUUCCGAGAGGACCUCAACAAAUUCAAGGCGCAGGUCAGUGCCACUUUGAAUGUUCUGCCGCCCCCCAGUGUCGGGUGUCAGCACCUGACCGUCUCUGGAAAACACCUGACCUUCCUGAAAGUUUUGAACGGUACCUCUUGUGAGGAGCUUUGCAUCACAGACGUGAGAAUCCUUCCCAACUACAACUCGUCCUACCUUCCAAUGAUGCCGGACGGUUCCGUUCUGGUCGUAGACAAUGUCUGCCACCGAUCAGCUGAGGUGACCAUGGCGUCGUUUUACCGCGUGGACACCGAGUGUUCGCUUCUCCCAAGCACAUUGGGCAGCCUGGAGGAGCACAACUUCCUGUUCAGGCUGCAGCUCCAGGACAAAGAAGACCACGACUCCAGUGAAGGUUUGGAAAUUCCACUGGUUGCUGUGCUACAAUGGCACACGUCAUCACCCCCCCGCACGAGGCACAUAGCCACUUUUUACUCACUGCCGAGCAUCAGCUUGAAUCGUCCUCGGUUGGUGAUGAUCGCUUCCUGCCCGAGGGUCGUCAGGCCUCGCCAGAGCUUUCCGGUCAAGUACACUCUAGUCAACAACCUACGCGACUUCUUGUCUGUCCGGCUGCGCUGGAAUUUUCAGGCUCACGCAGGAGGAGGAAGCCACCGAGACCGCGAGGUGACAGCCGUGGUGUGCCAGUCUCCCUUCAGCAACCUUGGCUGUAGCAAGAAAGGCUCCAACAUUUCUUUUACCGUCGCCUUCCAAAUACUUGAAACGGGACUCUUUGAGUUAAGUCAGCACAUGAAAAUGAAGCUACAGUUCACAUCGCCACUCGAGGAGCCCCGAUCGCCCCAGAGGUGCACGCAAGCCUCAGUCGACAACGUCAAACGCUCCUUGAGCUUCUCCCAACAGCCGCACCUUCCCAGACCACACCACGUCAGGACUGGCAGUAUGGUGGAGCGUCCAUUCGCCACGACUCCAGAGCAAAGUCUCGUUUCACCGGACCAGGUUGCUAAAAGACAGUGUCAGGUGUUUGUGCUGGAGCACAUCGGCAGCUGAUAAUUGCGGACCAUUUAAGGGUGUUUUGUAUUCUAGAAUAGGAUAUGGCAACCAAACUGAAGUCUUAACACUGGUUUUAUUUGGAUCAUUAUUUAUGUGAGUUAUUUUUCAAAUAUUUAUUUUAGUGUGUUCUCUUCAUUUCAGUGCUUACUACACUGGCCAUAGCACAUAAAGCCAUGUUGACCUACCUUAAACUUAUUUCCGAAUGUUUCAGUUUUAUUAUCUUAAUGUUUACAUAUUUGUCCUUUAUUUAUGACUGUUGUAUUUUAUUCUUCUAAUAUAUGGACUUAUUUUCCUGUAAUAUUUAGACUUGACUUUUGUCCUCAUGAGAGUAUAGUUUGGGUAAAUUAUGACUUUGCAAAAAGACAAUCAUAUUUCCACAUAAAAGUUUUCCUUUUCACAGAAUUUUAUGCCUUUAUUUUCAUAUUUACAUUGUAAUUAUUAUUUUUUUCUCUCUUGAGACUUCUCAAAAGUAAUUGUUUUCGCACAAAUAAGGCAAUAUUCUCAAAAUUAUGACUUCUCUUCAAAUUAAAAUUAUAACAAUUUAUCAGUAAUUAUGUGAUAAUUUUAGGUAAUUGUUUUAGUGUGUUGCACUCAUCUCAUUGCUUGGUCCAAUGUUUUGAAAUAUUCAUGCAAAAUGUCAAAUUUUGCGAUUUGAAUGUAUAUUUCAAGAAUCAAUGUGAAUUUCUUUUCUUUCUGAAAGCAUUUCAUCAAACUGAAAUAAAAUAUAAUU